AUGGCUCCUCUCGCCAAGAUCAUGGUGCUCGCAAUCCGACUGAUGUUUACGCGCACGACUGACGAACAGAUGGCCUUUGUGACGCGAGAAAUCCUCGAGGCGAACAAGCAUUUGAAGAACUACCCGUGGUCCCCACAAACUGCUACCACAGCAAGUCCGACAGGCAAAAAGAAAGUGCCGCGGGUUCCUCUCCUCAAAGGGGCCGAUAAUUGGGAUGCGUGGAAGAUUUUAGCAGAGAAGCAGCUAAAAUCACUUAGGCUGGGCCACACUAUCAAAGCUGGUGCCGACGUUGACGAUGAUGAUCAGCAGAUUGCUUUCUCACACAUACUUUCUUGGGUUGAUACCUCCUUACAACGCCCGAUAACUUACUGUCAAACUGCUCAGUCCGCCUGGAACAUCCUUUGCAAGACAUACGACAAGAAAGACUUCGCUCAUAGCUCAGAAAUUAUUCUGGAAUGGAUGGACACUAAGCGGAGCGAUUUUGAUACCUUGGACGACUUCUUCAAGGGCUUCCACAACCGUCUAGCUGCAGUGAUCGAUAUUGGAAUCACCGUACCUGACGAGAUGUGCUGCGCCAAGUUUUUACAGUGUGUCAAGGACGACCUCCCAAUCUGGACCCAAUCCAUCAAGAACAGCGCUCAUAACGGCUACAAACCAACUCUCAACAAGCUAAUGGCUGUAGCGUUGGCCGAAGCUUCGGACGAAUCGCAGUACUUGCCGGUGCAGCUAGCCACUCUGCGGCUCACUGCGGUGACUUCUGCUAACAAGGGCAACGGCAAGAAUAAGUGA